ACCACAGCUGGCCACACCAAAACGCAGUGUCUUUUUCUUUAUUUAUGUUCGUAGAUUUUUGGUUGCCUGGCUUUUUGUUGUUGCGCCACAUUAACAAUAACAAUUAAAGCGCGCCCCCACCGCCGCCCGCGUAUUAAAAAAGUGAAAAAUCGGGAUCGCGGACUAACGUGCCACAUGCGAAAGGCGAAGGCAACAUUGCGUCGUCGUCGGGCGUCGAACAAAGCGAUUUUUGGAAAAGUGAAAACGGCGCCAUUUUAGAAGCAGGCAAGCCACGGCCAAACUCGCAAGAAAAGUGCAAAUGCAAUGUGUGAAAUAAUAGAUUGUCCACGCGCUAAAAACUCGACUCUAUAUUAAAGCCGCGAGUGAAGGUGCUAGCCAAGAAAACAAUCAAGCAUCCCCAGCGACUCCAAAAUAUGAGCAGUGGCCAAAAUGAGACGGCAGCAGCAAAGGUUCUGGAAACGCAACGCGCACAAGAAUCCGGCAGUGAAAAUGAGGAAACCGAUUCCAUUACGGAUCAAUCGAGCCAGUCGAAGUCCACCAAGUCAGCCACUCAGUUCAGCGUGCAGCGUUCGGACACCGAUGGCCUGCGCAUGAGAAUCUCGGCCAUCCGCCCACCGCCAGGAGUCGCAGCAGUAACCAAGAAACCACCCCUAAAGCCCAGAAAAAUGUCCACCCAGGACACCGAGUCCGGCUGCUCGGAGGCCAGGAACAGAGCGGUCAGCAAGAAGGUCAAAGUCAAGCGCAAGAAGCUGGCCAGCAGCACCAGUGGGAUUGGCAAGUCGGAGACCUUGUCGAAGUCCAAGAAACCACAGAUCUCGGCCUUUUCCUCGGAUUCAGAGGAUGAUUUGCCUUUGAAGGUUCACCAGCAGAGAGCACCGCGAUUGCUGCUCACUGCAAUCUCCCAGGCGGCCCAGUCUGCCAGCAAACCCAACCCUCUGGACAUUGGAAUCUCUUCCAGCGACAAUGAGCUGCCCAACCUAGUGCAGGCGGCCAUCAAGAGAGUGGAGAGUGAUACGGAGGACACCACGGUAGAGGGCAGCUUUCGCAAGGCGGCCAAGGACAAGAAUCUACCCCAGUAUCAGUCCACUUUGUUGCAGGACUUCAUGGAGAAGACCCAGAUGCUGGGACAGAGCACCAAUUCGAAGUUCCCGGAGGAGAAGGUGGUUAAAGCCAAGGAGGAGACCGUCCUGCAAGCCGCUAAUCCUCGAAAGCGCAGAGGUAGACCCAAAAAGGUGGUUGCCACAGCUCCUGCUUCGGGAAAUUCUGGACCUGCUAUAAACGAAUCCGCCGAUUCGGGCGUGAUUAGCACCACCAGCACAACGCAAAGCACCACUCCAUCCCCGAAAAUGCAAAGUGAGAACAUUGUGCCCAUGGGUGCCGUGGCAAUUGCCUCCGGCAGCAAGCCCAAAAUCGAUAUGGCGUACCUCGACAAGCGGAUGUAUGCCACCGAGCGAGUGCUCUAUCCGCCGCCCAGGAGCAAGCGGCGUCAGAACAAUAAAAAGACCGCCUCCAGCUCAUCCAACAAAGAGGAACUUCAGCUGGAUCCUUUGUGGCGAAAGAUCGACGUGAACAAGAAGUUUCGGCUAAGAAGCAUGAGUGUGGGUGCGGCUAGUGGAACUGGAGCUAGCACCACCAUUUGCAGCAAGAUCCUGGCAGCCAAGAGCGGUUACGUCUCGGAUUACGGAAGCGUGAGGCAUCAAAAAAGCAGCCACAAUCACAAUUCCGGCUACAAGUCCGAUGCCAGCUGCAAGAGUCGAUACAGCACCAAGAGCUGCAUGAGUCGCAGGAGCAGGGCUAAGAGUUGUGGCUACCGAAGCGAUUGCAAGGAAUCCGGAAAGUUGGGUCUAAGGAUGAGGCGGAAGCGCAGGGCCUCCAUGCUCUUGAAAAGCACUGCAGACGAUCCGGUCGAAGAUCAGGACAUCCUUCAGCUGGCAGGGUUAUCUCUGGGUCAGAGCAGCGAGGAGAGUAACGAGUACAUCAGCAAGCCAAGCCUCCAGAGUCUGCCCAAGACGAGUGCCAGCAAGAAGUACGGCGAGAUCAACCGCUAUGUGACCACGGGGCAAUACUUCGGUCGUGGCGGCAGUCUGGCUGCCACCAAUCCGGAGAAUUUUAUCAGUAAAAUGAUGAACCAGCGGAAAGAGACACCGGCUCCCAGCAAAUCAUCAUGCAAAAUUAAAUCCCGUCGCUCUUCGGCAGCCAGUAUGUGCAGCAGCUAUGUGUCUGGCGUGUCCAGAAUGCGUCGCAGGCAUCGUCGGAAGAGUUUCAGCCACAACAAGUCCUUGAACAUUGACUCUAAGCUCCUUACCGAAAUCGAGAUCAUCACGAGCACCUUCCACUCGAGGUGUCGCAUACAGGAGGAUCGGCUGACCGCGAGCAGUGGCAAAGAAAAGCUACUGGCCGAUGCCAACAAGCUGCAGGCCACUCUUGCAGCUCCAAGUCCUGCACAGCAAUUGGUUUUAAACGGAGGUGGAUCAGCUUCAACGCUUCCCAAACCUUUAAAGCGGGCCCUGAAGAAGCGAAAGCUCAGUGAGCCCCUGGUGGACUUCGCAAUGCUCUCGGCCAGUGCCAGUGGAACUCCCAAUGGCAGUGGGAGCAGUAAUGGUAAUGCGAAGCGACGGCACAAGAAAUCCCAGAGCAAUGACAGCUCCAGUCCCGAUGAUCACAAGUUGCCGCUAAAGAAGCGUCACUACCUUGUGACGCCAGGAGAGCGUCCCCCAGUGGAAGUGGCAUUCGCCAAUGGAAAACUGAAUGCAGAGGCCUGGGCCGCAGCGGCGGCGACGGCCAAGAGCACUGCAUCCACCAAAUCACAGGCGCAGUUCAAUGCAAGGAGCGGAAAAUCCGCACUAACGCCCAAAAAGAGGCACCUCCUUGAGCAACCGACGGCUGUCAGCGGAGCUGCUUCUUCAGCCAGCAAUUCUCCCCUGAGAAUUGUUGUUGAUAACAACUCCAUUAGUGGAGGGAAGUUGCUGGAUAUCAGUCCCAGCUCUCUGUGCUCCCUAAAGCAGCAAAGGAGAGGAGGAGCAGCGAAACAGAAGGCGGCGGCAACAAAGGACUUGGCUCAGAUGCAAUCCCCAGCUGGUAGCUAUCCUCCACCCGGGGUGUUUGAGCCAUCUGUAGAGCUGGAAAUCCAAAUACCUAUUGGUAAACUGAACGAAUCGGUCAUAACAAAAGCGGAGGUGGAGUCUCCGUUGCUCUCAGCUUUGGAUAUCAAGGAGGAUACCAAAAAGGAGAUUGGUCAGCGAGUUGUGGAAACGUUACUUCACAAAACAGGCGGCAAUCUUCUCCUGAAACGCAAGCGAAAGAAGAUCAAUCGGACGGGAUUCCCCACGGUGCGCAGGAAGAAGCGUAAGGUCAGCGUGGAGCAGCAGCCAGCAGCCGUGAUCGAAGCACCCGAGCCGGAGAUUGAUCCCGAUGAUGAGCCCCUGCAAUCCAUAAGAGAAACCCGGAGCAGCAGUAGUGCCCAAGUGCAGGCACCAGCGAAUCCUGCUAUGGAUUGCGAGCGUGUGCCUCAAGCAGGUGAAGCCAGGGAAACCUUUGUGGCCAGGAGCAAUCAGAGAGCUCCCCGGCUAUCGGUUGUGGCAUUGGAACGCCUACAGCGACCCCAAACUCCCGCCAGAGGAAGACCGCGAGGUAGAAAACCCAAGAAUAAGGAGCAACCUGAAGUUAAACCCGUACCGCCGCCGCCCAAAACGGAACCCGAGGUAAAGAUAGCCAAGAAACGUGGUCGACAGCCUAAGCAACCGGUAAUAGAAGUGCCGCCUCCCACACCCACUUCUCAACAGAAGAAAACCAAACUCGAACCGAAUAUUAAACUCCCAGCUGGCAUCGAUCCCAACACAAAUUUCAGUUGCAAGAUACGCUUGAAGCGGCGCAAGAACUUGGAAACGGGAACUAACCAAAGCAAGAAGGAAAAACUUAUUCAACCAGCACCAGUGGAAGGGAUUCCUGCUGAAACUCCCGCCAGUCAGGAGGAGAUAGAUGCCGAGGCGGAGGCCAAGCGGCUCGACCAAAUCCCCAUCGAACAUGAUCCCUUACCCGCCAGUGAAUCCCAGAAUUCUGGUCCACCAGAUUACGCAAGUUGCAGUGAAUCCAGUGAGGACAAGGCAUCAACCACCUCCUUGCGAAAACUAUCUAAAGUAAAGAAGACCUAUCUGACAGCAGGACUCUUCUCCAAUUACUUCAAACAAUCGCUAAUGCCGCCGCCAGCGAAGGUGAAUAAGAAACCAGGUCUGGAGGAGCAGCAAGUGGCUCCUGUAAGUCUUCUCCCCCCUCCUCCCUAUUGCGAGAAGUAUCUGCGUAGGAGUGAAGUCGAUUUCGAGUUGCCCUACGACAUAUGGUGGGCUUAUACGAACUCGAAACUACCCACUCGACACGAUGUGCCAUCCUGGAAUUAUCGUAAGAUUCGAACGAAUGUGUACGCCGAGUCAGUGCGUCCGAAUCUGGCUGGAUUCGAUCAUCCCACCUGUAACUGUAAGAAUCAGGGCGAAAAGUCCUGCAUGGACAAUUGUCUCAAUCGCAUGGUUUAUACAGAGUGCUCGCCCGGCAGUUGUCCAGCUGGAGAGAAGUGUCGGAAUCAAAAGAUCCAGCGGCAUGCAGUUGCACCCGGAGUGGAGCGCUUUAUGACGACGGAUAAGGGAUGGGGAGUAAGGACUAAACUGCCCAUUUCAAAGGGCACCUACAUACUGGAGUACGUCGGAGAAGUGGUCACCGAAAGGGAAUUUAAGCAGCGGAUGGCCAGCAUAUAUUUGAAUGACACCCACCACUAUUGUCUUCAUUUGGACGGUGGACUGGUAAUCGAUGGCCAGCGCAUGGGCAGCGAUUGUAGGUUUGUCAACCACUCCUGCGAGCCCAACUGCGAGAUGCAGAAAUGGAGUGUCAACGGCCUAUCUAGGAUGGUCCUUUUCGCUAAAAGAGCCAUCCAGCAGGGCGAGGAGCUGACCUACGACUACAACUUUUCGCUGUUCAAUCCCUCAGAGGGUCAACCCUGCAGAUGCAACACGCCCCAAUGCCGUGGUGUCAUCGGAGGCAAGUCACAAAGGGUGAAACCCCUGCCCGCUGUGGAGGCCAAGCCUGCUCCAGAGGGACCCACGGGUCGAAACGGUCGCCAACGGAAGCAGAAGGCCAAGAAGCAUGCUCCACGGCAGGCGGGAAAGGAUACUGCUUCAGCAGUGGCGGUAGCAAAACUCCAACCGUUGUCCGAAAAGGAAAAGAAGUUGGUCAAGCAGUUCAACACGUUCCUAGUAAGGAACUUCGAAAAGAUCCGCAGAUGCAAGGCCAAGCGAGCGUCAGCCUUGGCAUCUGCUGCCACUACUGCAUCUUCUCCAGGGCACGGCGUCACAAAUGGCGAUAUCCCUGGUCGACGCCCUUCCACACCAUCCUCCACUUCCCUGGCUGCCCAGAUCUCCGCACUUUGCACACCUCGCAACAUGAAAACUCGCGGAUUGGCUCAGGCAGUGCAUGAUCCUGAGCUGGAGAAGAUGGCCAAAAUGGCUGUAGUUCUUAGGGAUAUUUGCAGUGCCCUCGAAACUCUAAAGAUGUCCGAUCUAUUAACUACAGUGUCCAGUAAGAAGAAAAAGGCUAUUAAGAACUCUACAAGUGGCAAAUUAAGUGCAACAGCUGGAACUUCUCGAGUGGAGUUCAGAUCAAUACAGGCUCAAGUCGAACAGGGACAUUACAAAACGCCCCAGGAAUACGAUGAGCAGAUGCAACAGCUUUUUGCGGAGGCCAAACAGCAGCAUGGCGAUGACGAAGGAAAAGCCAAAGCACUGCAAUCUCUGAAGGAUUGCUAUGAGCAACAGAAAACGGCAAGCUAUCUUCAGCUGGUGGAGAUUCUAGGCGAUUCAGAGUCAUUGCAGAGCUUUAGACCAAAGGAGGUGGUUUUACCAGAGGACGAAACGCCAAAGGUUGCUGUAAAAAAAUCACCCGGAGCAAAGGAAAGGGAUUCUCCGUUAGUGCCAUCGAAAGCAACACCUCUACUGCUUCCCGUUGAAACAUCUCCAGAAGAAGAUGUGAUCCGUUGCAUUUGCGGGUUGUACAAAGAUGAGGGUUUGAUGAUUCAGUGCGCCAAGUGCAUGGUGUGGCAGCAUACAGAAUGUACCAAAGCGGACAUAGAUGCAGAUAACUAUCAGUGCGAACGUUGCGAGCCAAGAGAAGUGGAUCGGGAGAUUCCUCUGGAGGAAUUCACCGAAGAGGGCCAUCGCUACUACCUCUCCCUGAUGCGCGGCGAUCUUCAGGUGCGUCAGGGUGAUGCCGUCUAUGUGCUGCGGGAUAUUCCCAUCAAGGAUGAAGCGGGUAAGGUGCUGCCAACCAAAAAGCAUACUUACGAGACGAUCGGAGCCAUUGAUUACCAAGAGUGCGACAUCUUUCGCGUGGAGCACUUGUGGAAAAACGAAAUGGGAAAGCGUUUCAUAUUCGGCCACCAUUUCCUUCGGCCCCAUGAAACUUUCCAUGAACCUUCGCGUCGCUUUUACCCCAAUGAAGUGGUAAGAGUUUCCCUUUAUGAGGUGGUACCCAUUGAGUUGGUAAUUGGACGCUGCUGGGUGUUGGAUCGCACCACCUUCUGUAAAGGACGCCCGAUGGAAUGCAACGAUGAGGACCAUUGCUACAUCUGUGAGCUGCGGGUGGAUAAGACGGCGAGGUUCUUCUCCAAGGCCAAGGCUAACCAUCCGGCCUGCACCAAGAGCUAUGCCUUCCGAAAGUUCCCCGAAAAGCUCAAGAUAUCCAAGAGCUAUGCGCCCCAUGAUGUGGACCCUUCGCUGCUGAAAACGAGGAAGCAAAAGACUGAAUUAGAUGUAGGAGCCGUGCCAGCAACGAUGCAAAAGACACCUGGCAGGCAGGAACAGCAGCAGCCGAAAUCGGUUGGGCGAAAGCCGCGUGUGGUUAGUGCGGCCCCAGUGGAAACCACAGCUGUCCAUGUCGUGACACCAGUGGUGCCCAACAAACAGAUGCUUAAAAAGAGGCGAUCCCGUUUAGAGAACGUUCUGAUAACUAUGAAGCUUAAGUGUCUAGAUGCACAGACAGCCCAGGAGCAGCCCAUUGAUUUGUCAUACCUGCUGUCGGGACGCGGAGCCCGGCAGCGGAAGACCCAGCAGUCCAGUAGCAGCUCCACGGCCAGUUCGACCUAACAAAUAUAGCCAGCGAAUAGGUUAAGCCGUGUAUAUACGCCUAAAGUUAGAGGCAUUGCUUAAUAUUUAUGAAACUUCAAUUAACAAUUAGCUUGUAGCCAUGUAAGAUGUAACGGUGAUAGUAGUAAUUUUAGAAUGUACAUUGUUAUGAACAAAUUUCGUGAAGAAGAGCCCAGCGAUCGCGGCAAAGAUGGAACAGAUUAUGAAUUAUGGUUAAACUAAGGAUUUAUUUAAAUACUAGUAUUUACGCCACCAGAUGAAGCCCCCCAUUUAGAUGAAUUUCUUUUGUUUUUAAUUGUUUAUCGCAUUUCCAUAUAGAUUUUGUUUUACGGAACUAUCUCCUUUCGUCCUUGCAAUCAAAGGAGUUUGAAUUUUGCAUUGUUAUUUUAAAUUAUUUUAUUAUGUUAUGGCUGCUUAACUACGAAUCACCCAAGUAGGACAACUUAUUACGCUAUUAGUUUUUAAUUAAUUUCAAAUUGUUAUUAACUGCUAACAAAACAUUUAA